UGUUAUGACUUAAAAGAGUCUGAAAAUAUGAUUAUUUAAAAUCUGUGAAAAUGACCACGAUGCACGUACUGUCUUGCAACUGAAUACAUCUAGGUGAUGUGGGUCAAAUCCGACCCUACGGGGAGUAGUGCGAUGGUAAGAGAGUGGCGAUGGCAUUAUAUUAAACAGUUCCUCAGAACAUUCCCCAUUGUACAGACGAUAAAAACACAGAGGGAGCUCACAUCCCUUCGGAGGUUUAAGGGUUCUAGAUCGUCUGUGAGCAUCGGAUCGCUGACAAUACGAACAGCCCAACGUUGCAUGGAGUCUAGUGGAAGAAGUUGGUGCUGUGGGGUACCGGAUCAGAGAUCUGAAUUCUGUGAGGCCACAAGAAAUUGCCUCCGAGAUGUUAAUCUCCGGGGACAUUGCUCUGCGGCUGUUUCACGAUACACGACUUUGAUUACAGUUACUUCGACGCUAAAAACGUUGAGUAACUGAUAUGUUACUAUACAAAAAGAAUAUAAUAAUAAAUAUAUAUGUAUAUAAACGA